AUUGUGGGAGUUGUAGUCUUCUUUGCCUUCUCUUCCCCAGGUCUUCCUUUCCCGGCCGACACGGAACUGCAGCAGCUGUAGUUCAGGGCUCGCAACACCAAUCCUCAUAAUGGCUGCAGACUCCAUGGAGAUCGAUGAUGGUCUUUACAGCCGGCAAAGGUAUGUCCUGGGUGAUACAGCUAUGCAGAAAAUGGCUAAGUCCAAUGUUUUCCUUAGUGGCUUGGGCGGACUUGGUGUUGAAAUAGCCAAGAACAUUGUUUUAGCUGGAAUAAAGGCCCUGACAAUCCAUGACACAAGACAUUGUGAAACAUGGGACCUUGGGACUAAUUUCUUUAUCAGGGAAGAUGACGUUGCAAAUAAAAAAAAUAGAGCUGAAACAUGCCUUCACCACCUUGCUCAACUCAACCCGCAUGUCCAAGUAAUAUCAUCAACUAUACCACUGAACGAGUCCUCUGAUCUUUCAUUCCUGAAACAGUACCAGUGCGUAAUACUAACAGAAGCAAGGCUUUCCCUCAAGAAACGAGUCAAUAACUUUUGUCAUGACCAACAACCACCUAUAAAGUUUAUCUGCUCGGAUUCAUAUGGUGUAUGCUCCUAUGUGUUUUGUGACUUUGGAGAUGAAUUUCAAGUACUGGACACCACAGGGGAAGAGCCAAAGGAGAUUUUUAUUUCUAAUAUAACACAGUCUAAUCCCGGUGUGGUCACAUGCUUUGAUAAUCGCCCUCACAAUCUUGAAUCUGGCCAGUUUGUGACCUUCCGUGAGGUCAAUGGAAUGUCUUCUUUAAAUGGCUCCACGCACCAGAUUACAGUUACAUCACCCUACUCUUUUUGCAUUGGAGAUACAUCGGACAUGGAACCAUACCAGCAUGGUGGACUAGCUGUUCAGAUUAAAAUGCCACAAUCAUUCUGCUUUGAAAGAUUAGAAAAGCAGCUAAUGGACCCAAAAUAUCUAACUGCAGAUUUCAGCAAACCCGAGGCACCCUUAAGCAUCCACUCUGCAAUGCUGGCAUUGGAUAAUUUUCAGGAGAAGCACAGUCGUCUGCCUAAUAUAAGGUGCCUUCAGGAUGCCGAAGAUAUGCAGACUUUAGCGGCAUCUAUAAAUGAAAAUCUGCAGAGUAAACCUGUACUUGAUAAGCACUUAGUGAAGUGGUUGUCCUGGACAGCUCAGGGCUUUCUGCCCCCCUUUGCAGCAGCGAUGGGUGGAAUUAUCAGCCAAGAAGUUUUGAAAGCUGUAUCAGAAAAGUUUUCUCCUCUACAACAAUGGCUGUUUCUGGAUGCCAUGGAUAUUGUGAAUUCCUUGGAACAGACUAAACAAGAAGAAUUCCUUCCUAGAGGUGAUCGAUAUGAUGCCCUCCGAGCUUGUAUUGGAGAUACAUUAUGCAGGAAGAUUCAGAGUUUAAAUAUUUUUUUGGUUGGAUGUGGAGCUAUUGGCUGUGAAAUGCUGAAGAAUUUUGCACUCCUAGGGGCGGGCUCUGACUCACAAAAAGGCUUGAUUACUGUAACAGACCCUGACUUAAUUGAAAAAUCUAACUUGAACAGACAGUUUCUCUUCAGGCCUUACCACAUCCAGAAACCUAAAAGCUGUACUGCUGCGGCAGCAACCUUAAGCAUUAACCCACAGUUGAGAAUUGAACCACGUCUGGAUAAAGUGUGUCCUGCCACAGAGAAUAUCUACACAGAUGAUUUUUACGGUAAACAGGACAUCAUUGUGACUGCACUGGACAAUGUGGAAGCCAGAAGAUACGUAGACAGUCGCUCUGUGUCUAACAUGAGACCUCUGCUCGACUCUGGGACCAUGGGGACGAAAGGACACACAGAAGUUAUUGUACCUCGAUUAACAGAAUCCUAUAACAGUUAUCGAGAUCCUCCAGAUGAAGAAAUCCCAUUUUGCACUUUAAAGUCAUUUCCAGCCACCAUUGAACACACCAUUCAGUGGGCAAGAGAUAAGUUUGAGAGCUCUUUUACCCACAAACCAUCACUAUACAACAAAUUUUGGCAAACACAUUCAACUGUACAAGAAGUUUUACAGAAAAUAAAGUCUUGUGAAAGCUUAGAAGGCUGCUUCCAUGUUGUUAAACUACUGAGCAGGAAACCCAGAUGCUGGUCACAGUGUGUAGAACUGGCAAGGUUGAAGUUUGAAAAGUAUUUCAAUCACAAGGCACAGCAGUUACUGCAUUCAUUCCCUCUUGACACCCGGUUAAAAGAUGGUAGCUUAUUUUGGCAGUCUCCAAAACGGCCACCUACUCCAAUAGAAUUUGAUAUAGAGGAUCCUUUGCAUUUCAGCUUUAUACUCAGUGCAGCAAAACUAUAUGCAGACGUUUACAACAUCAAGUUCACCGAAAAGGAUUUGUCACUGGAUAUGAUAAAGAAAACUAUAUCGGGAGUGAACAUCAAAGAAUUUACACCAUCAAACAAGAUAGUAGAAACUGAUGAAAAUGCAAAGAAGCCUGACCAAAUCUCAGUGAGCAGUGAAGAUGAGAGGCUGGCGGUGGUACAGUUAGAUAAAGUCAUUGCAGAUGGCCAAACCUCACAAGAGGACCUUCGGAUGAAGAUGCUAUCUUUUGAAAAGGAUGAUGACAGCAAUGAACAUAUCAACUUCAUCACAGCAGCGUCUAACUUAAGAGCAAAAAUGUAUACUAUUGAACCAGCUGACAGACUGAAGACCAAGCGUAUUGCAGGGAAGAUUAUCCCGGCAAUAGCUACAGCUACGGCAGCGGUGUCUGGCCUGGUUGCACUGGAGUUAAUUAAAGUGGUCGGAGGACAUCCUUUUGAAGCUUAUAAGAACUGUUUCUUCAAUCUAGCAAUUCCAAUCAUAGUAUUCACAGAGACUGCUGAAGUACAAAGAACCCACAUAAGAAACGGCAUUUCCUUUACUAUUUGGGACAGAUGGACGAUCUAUGGCAAGGAAGACUUUACACUUUUGGACUUCAUCAAUGCUGUCAAAGAACAGUAUGGGAUAGAACCAACAAUGGUUGUGCAAGGAGUUAAAAUGUUGUACAUCCCAGUUAUGCCAGGUCAUGCGAAAAGACUGAAACUUACAAUGCACAAGCUUGUGAAAGCUGGAGCUGAGAGAAAAUAUGUUGACCUAACUGUGUCCUUUGCACCAGAGUGUGAUGAAGAUGAAGAUUUACCUGGACCCCCUGUGAGAUAUUACUUCAACAAGGAAAGCAAUUGCUGAUGUUCUCCUCCAUAUGUGUUGGUACUACAUGUCACAGCAGGUUGAAGCCUUAACAAAAGAGGAACCAGUGAUUUGCACUAAUACUUGCAUAUUGGAGUCUGCACCUAUAGUGUCUCCCCUUGCUUUCUUGUAUGCAUUUCUUUGGACUGGAUUACAGAAUGUUUGGAUCCAAUAUUCUGUGCUAUAACCCAAAAAAUAAUCCUAAAUAUAAAAAAAAAGGGGGAAUUAGGAAGACUAUUGGGGGCUCAAUUUGUACUUUACCUCUUUU